CGCCACCGCCGCCGCCGCAGGAGCUUCAGACGCAGCUGCUCCGCCAGCAGCGACGGCGAUAGUUCGCUCCGGACACAACAUGAACUCGCGUUUUCUUCGGUUCGCGUCAGCAGGACGCUGCUGCGGCUCGGCCUCGCUAACCUAAUAGCAGCAUUUUUUUUUUUUUUUCGGCGUGUGCGCGCGCGGAAGGAGUUCGGCUGCGUGUGUGUGCGUGUUUUUUGAGCAUGUCUUAAGGGAAAUAGAGAGAGACAGAUACGCCGACGAAGCGGUCGACCCGAGCAAUGGCACGUCGUCGGAACACCGAGAUCCUGUGGUCGCUGAUGACCCGGAUAAAGUCGCCGCACAGUUUUCAAGUGCGCCGUUUUUCCUCGGGAGCCGAGAACGGUUCGGCCGGAGGGAAAUCCAAAGCCAAGAAGUCGAGCGAAAAGUCGUCGUCGUCCAACGCGUCGUCGUCGUCGUCCAAGUCUCCGUCCCGGGCUCGUUUGUGCCUCAUAGUGUCGGCGAUUGCGCCCGGGUUGACGUUCGGUGUUUUCGUCAUCGUGGGGAACGCCGCGGCCGUAGUGUCCGCAGGGGCUGUGGUACCUUCGCUGCUUGUGGCUGCCGUGGCAUCGUUAUUGGCAGGUCUGUGCCUGAUCGAGCUGGUCACGUGGCAGCGUCCCUGCCCGGACUCGUUGUACGCCUGUCUCUACCGGUGGGCGGGAGAAGCGGCGGCCUUUGCGGCCGGCUGGUUGUCGCUGCUGCACCAGGGGGCCGCCAUCGCUUGCGUGGCUCGUCUGCAGAGCAGCGCCAUCGACGCGCUCAGCGGUGGCGCCCUGGCCAGGGCCUGGCAGGCCCUCGGCUCGUACGACCCCGUAGCACUGGCGCUGGGCUUGGUUGCUGCCUCUGUGGCCGCCGCGCCCCGACUGCUGUCCUCGUCACGCGAGCCAACGUGGCUUGGCAUGGCGCUCAUCGCACUGUCACUGCUGUCGGCACUCUUCUUCGUCGCCAUGGGAUCCGUGGGCGCCACUGCGGCUCCGGGCAACUCCUGGAGCUUCGCCAUGCUGAUGCUCAGCGACAGUGCACCCACGGGGCUCCUGUCCGGUGCGGCACUCUGCACGUACGCCUUCAUCGGUCCGCACACGGCGCUGCGGCGCGCCCCCGACAGCCCUCAGCCGUGGCGGGACCUCCCCCUGGCGCUGGGUCUCAGCACGGCGCUCACGUUCCUGCUCACAUUCUCCAUGGCCGUCGUGGUCACCAUCCAGGCGCGGCACGACACGGCCCGUCCGCUGGCCGCCAUGCUGGCCUCGUGCUCGGCCGAGUGGGCGGGCACCGCCAUGAGCGCGGCGUCGCUCCUGGCCCUGGUCGGACUCGCCCUGUACGGCCUGCUUCCCCUGGGCGGCGCCGUGCGCUCGCUGGCCGCCGACGGACUGCUCUUCCGCGGUCUGGCCAAGACGUCGAACGCCGGCCGACCCGUGGGCUCAAUCCUGACCGCCGGAGCGCUAGCCGCCGGAGCGGCGCUGGUGGCGCCCGUACCCAGACUCCUGGGUCUCAUGGCCGUCGGGCCGCUGGCCCUGAACGCGGCCGUGUGCGUGGCAUUGCUCCUGGCCCGCUACCACCCUGCCAGCCGCACUGCCUACGACCUGAUCGGCGACGAGUCGCCGCCGGCCAAAGAAGGGUCCGCCGCCGGUAACGGUGGUGGCAGCUCGGCACCGGCGUCUUCGACGACUUCCCCGACCUCCUCGGCUUGUUCAUCUUCGUCCGAGGACGAGGAGGACAUCGACGCCCUGGUGCGCGAGUACCGCGAGCGACUACGCGUGGCGGCACUGACCGACGGACUCCUGGCCGGAAACGGCGGCAACUCGCUGCGCGAGCCCACGUCGGCGACGGCUCGCCGAGCGGACCUGGCCGUCUCGGGCGUCGUGGCGGCACUCGUGGUUCUCUCGGCGGCCAUGGAGGUCGGCUCGAGAUUCGAGGGUCGGGCGGCCUCCAUCUGCGCGGUGAUAUCGACGCUGUGCGCGAUCGCGGUGGCAGCUCUACUGGUGCUGCUGUCGCGGCAGCCGCAGGCGCAGCUGGGUCCCAGCUUGUUGCACGCGGGAGCGGCAUUCCGCGUGCCCAUGGUGCCCUGGCUGCCCUGCAUCGGGGCCUUUCUCAACGUCUGCCUCCUGAUCGACCUGCUCGUCUCGGCCUGGCUCGUGUUCGUUUGCUGGCUGGCCAUAGGCGUGGCUCUGUACCUGCUGUACGGCAUCCACAGUUCGACAGCCGCCUCGGAGAUCCCGCUGCCGACCGCGGCCGCGGCCGGUUCUCCCCGGCAGCCGUCGCCGAAGAUCUCGCUGCAGCCGCUGGCGCUGCAGCCGCACAGCAUCGUGUCGCACAUCGUGCCCUCGCACCGGAGUCACCCGGGCAGCCAGCGGAGGCUCGCCGAGCUCGACACGGUCUUCAUCCAGCACUGAUCUCGGCGAGGCCACCGCGAAUCCGCCUCGAAAGAGCACAAAACAAACCGACCUGCUGCGUCACCGGGAGAGAAUAACCAAGGCGGUCACCUCCACCUCGAGCCCCGGCAGCAAACGUCCUCCAGCGAAAGAAACGGUCAGCGCGAUUUGGACAUGGGCCGUCACCUGCGGUCCCGCCGAAGGGGACGCGACGGGCGGGACCCGCUGAGCCAACGCUCCCCGGUGACCGACCUCCACGACUGCCGCCGACCAGCAAUAACCGAGGGAAGCCCGGGGGAACGAAAACGAAAGAAGGGACCGACCUUUCGUUCCCGUUUCUUCCUGUCGCGACAGCGCCGUCCGAAUAGUGUAUAUCUCAGUUGUGCUCUGGAACGACGACGUCAGUGGCGCAGCUGCGUCGCCAUCACUACAUAUUGUAGACCCGUCCCUGACACACACGCGCAGACACACACACACGCAGACACACACACGCGUACAUACACACACGCGUGCACACACACACACAACGAGAGGUCGUUAUUACAGUUAGACGUACAGACAAGGAGGUCGAUGUAAGCAAAAGGAGAAGACAAAACGGGGACGUGUAUCGGCGAAGGACAAAGUUCGGUGACUUCUGGUAAAUGCCGCGGGACUAUUAUUAUAGCUGCGGCGCUCGAAGAGUGUUCCAGAAAUGGGUCAAACAAACAAAUGGAGACAGAGCGCGCUGCUCUGAUUGUUAUAUGAGGUCGUCAUGUUGUGAAAGACAAAAAAUAGCGGACGUGAAUAUACGACUGCAUGUCUUUAUUUGUCUUUCUUUUUUUCUUUUUUUGAAAAGAAAUACGCUAUGGUUUACUUCAGCAUUCACCCUUGAGCUCUCUCUCCCUCUUUUGUGCUCCCAUGUUUCGUGUGGAACGAACUUGCCGAGUUUCGCGCCUCCACAUAGCGAAAGGCGCCGCGAACGUCUUCAUAAUUAACGCCAGCGUUAUAAUACAUCCUGUCGAGUGGAGUCGUUUACCAUACACUUCCCUCCCGAGUUGAACUAAAGCGUUAAACAAACAGCACAUGGUACAGCGUUUGAAAUCCGUUGGCCAUUAAAAGAUAAACGUCUCUUCAGGCGUGGAACGCGCGGCAGCAUGCUUUUAGAUAAUUGUUUGGCACCAGGGGGCACCACAAGCGAGUCGCACGGGUGACGUGUUGACACGUACUAUAGCGGGAACAAACUGAUAGGCACAGGGUGCACCAAUGUGAAAGAACACAAUUGAAUUGCAUUGGAGACCGUUAGCUGCCCCUGGUUCAGCUCCGAAACCAGGAAAGUACCUCGGCUCAAGUGCUCCGAUAAAAACGCGCAUAGCAAGCAACGGCAAGUGAAGCUUGGUCUUAAAAUUACGCAGUAAUUGUCGUUUGAUUCCCGAUUAGGUGUCGCCUUGCAUAUCCGAUACCUGCGACCGUCAAAAAAACAAAACCGGUGUGACACUUCAUGGCUAUGCCUUCGUUUCAGGCGUAAUAACAAAUUGUGGUGUUAUUUAACUGAAAGGGACACUAAAGGCAAAUAUUAAGUUAAAGUAACAGUAAUGGAUUAGUGCUCUAGAACGCCUAAGGCGUCAAAAUUAUCGCAAACAGAGCUCUCGUACAACCACUCGUAAUAAAAUAAUUGUAUUGCAUUAUGAGACGAAAGAAAAUGCUACUUGUCCUGUCAUAUUUAAUUUUUAGAAAAACGAACUCAUUGAUGUUACCCAUGAUAACGACGCGAUCGGUCGAAAGGUUUCUUGUUUUUCUCCACCAUGCGCCGCCCACGCUUUCGCGUUUCAGUAUAGUUUCGUUAUCGCGUAUAGGGCUGCGCUGGUUUUGCUGGCUCGCCUAACUCGCACAAACUGCAAGUAUAGCAGAGAAUGCCACGUCCAUUUGAUGUCGCGGGAUUCCCGAGCAGUCCACGCCACUUGACCAAGACCAGCUGCAGCGGCGAAUCCAACCGAGCUCGGUUUCUCCGUGGCCGCGCGUUUGCGUUCUGCGCAGAAAACCGCAGCGCCGUCUUUCGGGCGCCAUUUUACUCACCGACGGCAGUAAAUGGCGGUGACGGCGUAAGCAACGUCACCACUCCCCGCUCGGGGGCGGGCGAUUUGAACUGCGCUAAAGGUAUGCGGACUCUUACUUCAGACGCAGUUUUCUCGUAAACUGAGCAUUUCCUUGGCACGAAACAAGCGCUGCGAGCUAGGUUUGUGGAGUGGUAUUUUAACAGUCCACGCCGACUUAGUAUUUGCCUUUAGUGUUCCUUUAAGCUAACAGGAUGUUCAUCUUGGAAUCCGUUUUGAAGUUCUCUCUCUAGCGUAGUCCCAUUUGAUGACUCUGAGUGGAGCACGAGGUCGGGGGUUCGCUUCCGUGCCACGGCGGCUGCAUUUCGAUGGUGACAGAAUGCAAGGACGCUCACGAACCUUGGCUUUGGGUGCAAGUCAUAGGUGGUCAAAAUUAAUCCGGAGCCCUCCACAACGACCUCGCUCGUAUCUGGACGUCAAAACCGCAUGUGACUAAACAAUACAACUACGAAGUUUUGCGCGCCAGAACCACGAUCUGAUUACGAGGCACGGCGCCAUAAUUGGGGACUGCGGACUAAUCUUCAUUAACGCGCGCUAAACCUAAGUAGACUAGCGUUGUUGCAUUUCGCCCUCAUCGAAAUGUGGCCGCCGAGGUGCAUUAUUUGACUUUGGGUGUACGCAAAAAAAAAAAAAAACGAAGAAAAAAAUCCGACGCAUUCUGCGCAAUAUAAAUGCGAAUGUCCGUGCAUUGCAAAAAAAGAAAAAAAGAAAAAAAAUGUGUACGAGCUAGUCUCUGCGUGAACGCACUUCAGAACUGUCAAGCCUGCGCAAAAAUGCUAUUUCACCGCGUUCUUUAGUCGCUGCUUCUAAAACCAAGAGAAAAUGGUUUCGCUUCGCGAGCUAACGCCCGCAAAGCGACAAUCCCCUUUCGAUCGACCAAACCGCUGGGGAACGCUGUUGUCACUCUAGCGACUGUGCAGGGGCGGAGUUAAUUCUCACUUUUUUUUUUUUUUCAUUUCAUUCGCGAGGAAACGAAAGUAUUCAAUUUUCUACCAAAAUCUUGUCCGCGCGCCUCUGUAGAUCGUCCCAAUCGCGUAUAUAUACAGGAAACUUCCAGCCGCCCGCGACGAAACGAUUUCCUCCCGAACAAGCCGACAAUGUUCGCUUCCAGGAAUGAGCGAACUUUGUUAUAUCUCGCCUCGUCGUCGUCUUUUCGGAAACCUAUAAAAGCGACGGCAAUUUGUUUCUUCUUUCACUUUUGCGAGGCUGAUCGACUUUACUGUAUUACACAUUCCUUUAGUUCACUUGCAAUCGGUUUCUCCUGCAGUUUCAUUUAUCGCGUUCGAGGACAGCAGAUAAUUAAGUGGGGUGAUGAAAUUAGGAAAUCUGCAGGGCGCAAGUUUGGAAUCAUCUAGCGCAAGACAGGGGAAAAUGGAAAUCGCUGGGAGCGACCAUCGACACGCACUGGACGUAAAAAUAGCCUGAUGACGACUACCACCCGACUCUUGGUCUAAACCUUAUAGUAUGAUGCGGCGUUUAUGCUACUUUGAGGGGAAAUCGUCAUCAUCGAUAACAAAUCUGCAAGCAUCGCUGUCCGUCUACGUGACCGCUGCAGGGCGACAGAACGAUUUCUCGCAUGCGAAAAGAAUUGAAAGAGAGGAAGAAAGAAACAAGAAAGGACGCAAGCUCUCCCUGCGUUAUAUACGCGUCGUAUUCAAUACAGAGCGCGCAGAAUCCGUAUCUAUAGUAGAUGAAAAGUCGGGUCGCGCGCGAUCCCUUCGUUUUCACAAAAGCCGACGAGAAUCGAAUCGCGAUAAUGAGAUCGUUUUAUUUCUUUUUUUUUUUUCAGAGAGAGGACAUUUCAUUUUUUUCCUCCUUUCCCAGUUCUCUCACAAUUAGGCGCGUUAUUAAACCAAUUUGAGCGACAAAGCCGCGAAGAAAAUAGACGCGUUUUCCUUUUUUUUUUUUCCCUACAUCGUACGAUAUCCCCGCGGGUAGUAUGCAGGCGACAGUCAAAUACCUUCGAAAAUCAAACGACACCCGCGCACAGGAACACCGCUACGUUGUGGGCGAAAUCGAAUUUACCGGGCCGCUCGCUCGCUCGCUUGCUGACCCGAACAUCCGUUAGGGCGCGGUCUGUAUGGAAUACUUCUUUGAUGGGUUACACCUUAGAAAAGAGACCGACCGUUAGGGAAGACACCGCGGUGUCCGAGCAAAACAAAAGAACGAGGCCACUUUCACUCCUGCCUUUCUCUCUCUCUCUCCUCCUUUCUCACCAUCCCUAAUCUCUCUCUCUUUCUCUCUCUCUCCCCUCUGUAUUUCUACUCUAUACACAUUCCCAUACUUUAUCAUUUUUUUUUCUUUGACCGCCAAAAGCGAUAUACCCCCGGGUCGAUUUCGCGCUAAAACCAUUCCGAAAUGCGGCUCCGUGUUCCGGCCUAUUCGUACUGUAGUUUUCUUGUUUUAUCAACAUUACAUCCGUUUAGAGGGAAGACUACAAAGAAAACCGUUAAGUCAGUUCAGUUUGCACAGUUUUAUUUCAAACGUUGUAUUUGUACUUCUACGGAGGAAAAAGCUCGAUUUUAUUGAAGCAAGCCAAUCGAUCGCCCAGAGAUCCUUCUUUUUUUUUUAAUAGGUAGAAAGAAGUACGUAGAUAAAUUUAAGGUGUGUUGUCCCAGAUCAGAACACAAGACUGCAUGGAACCUGCUGUCAAGAACUUUAUAUAUAUAAGCAAUAAAAGUGUGGAAUACACCGUAAGUGCGUUUAGAAAUGACAAAACCUCAGGCAAUUAGAAAAAAAAAAAUCUUUACAAUACCAUACAAUGAACUCAUAAUGAAACGUGAAAGAAUUACAUAUAUUAGAAAAAAAUGAUAGCAAUUUUAAUGGGCAAUGAGGUAUGCCUAUUAAUCGUGACGGUAUAGAUGAUUCCAUAACGACGAUGCAGUAAAGUAACCGGUAUGCAGUUCUCAAUUCAAGUCUACCGUAGGCAGCAAUAAAUUCUUAUGAGAAAAUGAACACCUAAAUUUCAUAUUUAUUACCUCGCCCAAACCGUAGCACCCGUGACGCCGCACAAUUCGUUUGUUCUAUCUUUAAUUAUUUUUUAAUUUCUUUCUUUCUUUGCGUAUUCGGGUGAUUUUCUGUGCCAGCUAAGGUUACCGAAAAUUGCUGCGUUGAGCCUUCGCUAUCUUUAGAAUGUCAAUGCAAUCCUUGUCUGUUGACAAAGGAUUCAGUAGCCCCCAGCGGUCGCGCUUUAAAUAUCCAUGACGUCACAGAUACGGUGCGGUAACGCUACGGUGGCGUCGCCACUUGUCAAUUUAUCGCAUCCUUGCGGGGUUAUAAAGCUUCUCCUGACAAGACUAUUGUACUUGAUACUCAAGCGUAAUCUACUAAUCUAACUUCACUUAUUACGGCACCUUGUCCUGUCUUUUUAGGGAGGUAUUUGCGCCUGCGGGAAAACGCCGGCCAUUGCUCUUCGCCGACACUUCUAGAAAUGUGCGAACCCUUUCACAUUUUACAACAAAAAAUUAAAAAAAAACGCGAUACAAGAUCGUUUCCACGGUUCCGUAUUCGUGCAGCUCGGAUCUUCUAUCUUGUGCGUUUACCACUUCCUGUUUCCUUUUUUUUUUUUCCGGGCACGAUUUACCGAAUUUCCUAGCCCUCACUCGAUCUAUAGAUUCGCGCGCGAGUCGUUUUUCAUUCUCGCAACGAUUCUGCGACGCGGUACGAGGUAGAAAAAAAAAAAGGGGGGGGGGAGAGAGAGAGAGAAAGGUUACGUUUCCUCGUAGCUUUUACAACCGACCCAGCAAUGUAGCAAUUCAUUUGUCUCCUCGGCACGGACACCCUAUCUGGGCCGCAGUGACACAGCUAGGACUAUGCUUCCUCUAGCCAAUUCCGUGCAGUACACAGCGAAACCCUAUCGAAGUACUUCACGUCACUCAGUAGCUAGCAUAUCCUAUAAUUCCCCAUAUUCGCGCGGGAUUUUCACGUACACGAUCACACAGGAUAGUCGUAUAUGUUCCUAUUUAAUCAUAUGGCAUUCGAAAAACACGAACGAGCCCGAAAUAAGAACGCACAAGAGCUUAUGUAAGUCUUUAUUUUCAGUGUUCUUCCACCCCCCCCCCCCCCCUUUUUUUUUUUUUUUUUCAAGUGUGCUGCUUUAUAUCAGUUGUGAAUGACCAAUGGGCCCGUCAGUACCUGUUAAAAGGAUUAUUUGGUAUACCGGCCCUUCUAGCGCGCCACGAGGCACUUGCGUCGACGUAUGACGUCAGUCAACUAGCUGCUGCCAGGAUUAUAUACCAGCACGCGGUCGACUGCCAGUGAAAAAAAAAAAAAAUUGUUUUAGCCGUUUUAUUAGAUCUUGAGCAUCAUUAGAAGUGAACUCCACUAAUCGAUUUCUUUUUUUUUUUCAUACAAGAUAAUUCCCGAAAAGGCGUCCACUAUGUUGAAACGAGAACGGUCUAGUCGGUGGCUGUUCAUACUUUCCGUGCUUUCUUGUCCCCAUAUUUAAAGAGGAAGUACGAAAUCAAGGAAACACCCACUGUCUGUCGCUAACUCUUCCAUGCGCGCGAAUGACUGAAUCACGAGUAUAGAUCAGCGGCACACAGUGAGCGAGCCCUUUGGCGACUACUCCAUUGAACGUCCACGUCACGCACCCGCGCGUCCACCGACGCACGGGUGCGUGGCGUCACCCGUGCGUCGGUGUAGCGUUAGUUUUUUUUUUUUUUACGCUGUGCGGUUGACCGCGUGCUAGUAUAUAAUCCUUGCAGCAGCUAUAGUUCACUGACGUCAUACGUCGACGCAAAUGCCUCGUGGCGCGCCCAUUUCACGGCUAUACUUAUAUAUACACUCGCGCUAACAACGUCGUUAUCGCGCGAACCGAACUAUCUGUUAGUCUCCUUCCUCAACGCCGCGGGCCCCAAUACACGUCGUAAAUACGCUCCGUCUAGUUGCUGCUGCUGUGUUCCUUCGCGCCAAUAUUGCCAGUAUUAUGGGUAUGCACUUACGUCAUCGAGUUCGCUUUGUAGUACAGCCAGCACGGCAAAAAGCUGCGCGUUAUCUAGAUGAUCCGCUUAUCUUCAGUAGCAUGGUCGAAGCUGUGCACAGGACUACAAAAUGGCGUACGUGACGUCAUGUGAAUACUCUACAGGCUCGCUGAUAGCGCCCGUAUAUCGUUCGCUGCACUGCACGUUAUUGGUAAGACGGGAGUACCUUUCGUUUUUUUUUUUUUUUUUUUUUCCCUACAGUGUUUCUUUUCCUUUCUAUCUUUUGUUCUUUAAACUUCUUUAAUGCAACAUCUGUUACUCCAGCGAUCAUGCACUCUUUUUCACCCAACAGCAAAGAACGAUUGAUCUAUGGCGCGUGUGUUCAGCUCCAAGGAAACGCGGGGGCAAUUUCAAUUCGCUCAAGGAGCAUAUUCUCCCAUACUACAGCCUCCGUCUAUACGUCACUGUAAAGUACGUUUUGUCUUUUAAAGUAUAGUUGAGUGUCAACGGAACUCUAUAGGACGAAUCCUUUGUUUGCCCCCCCCCCCCCCCCUCCUCCUUCUCCUCCAUCUUUCUACACCCACCGUCCCAACCCCGGCCUCAGCCGUUCCAUAGCAACCAUUGCACCCCCCCCCCCCUCCCCCACGAUCCUGGAUACUGUGCAAUCGAACAUUCCAAACGCUCGGGAUUAUAUGGUUCGCGGGCGAUCUAUUAUUCUGACCGUGCUCCGCUGCCGCUUGUUUUCUCGAGUGCUCCAUUGCUUCAGAGUCAUCAACUUUAUUUUCUGAGCAGCUCCCCCACCCCCCACCUCUUUUUUUUUUUGUUUGUUUGUGUGCUCUAUAUCUCUUUUUUCCUAACAUGUACUCGCCCUUUACUCCGAACGAACGCGGCACAGCCCCGUCAAGCGUACGACAAAUAACGUCAAGGGGCUACAUCUGCAUUCCAACGCGAGGCACAUCGGCAUACCUAUUACCGAGACGCUAUAGGAACGAGGAAUUCCUCGCGAAUACGUGACAUCCUUGAACGGUUAUCUACAAGAGCGACACUGCGGCCCGAGUUGGAAUUACAAAAGCGCGGCGUUUGUCCAAAAAGAAGAAAAAGCAUAAACAAAGCUUUUUCUCUGGAUAUAUUAAGUGUAAUCGAAACAAUCUGGCGACUACCAGCACUUCGAAUUUCUCUGACAGCUAUGGCGAGAUGUAUAUUGAACGCUAGCAGACGACUUCAUCGAAAAAACGAAAAAAAAAAACUUUUUUUUUUCAACAUAUACCUUCGCACAGUGGAAGUCUUUUAUGAUAUCACGUUUUCGUCAUGUACGCACUCAUUGUUCAUUCUUUUUGCCACGAUAGUACACUUAAACGAUAAUAAUGAUGAAGUCGACCCAUAUUGCUGGCGUGUGACCGGUACGGUUGUCAAGGCACUCACCUAGACUGUCAUACAUUCGAGAGGCGCGCAUUCGGAUCGCAUCAGGGUAUACAAAUGCAGCUGCCACCGUGUAAAGAGAACAAGAGAAAAAAAAGGAAAUAAAUGAUGCUACGCUUUGUUAUUUCUCAUAUACCCAGCCGUGAGACUAGCCCAUUCCAUUAAGCGUUCCGACACUGUUCUAAGAAGUUGCCAUGGCUGAAUGUGCGACGGCUGUAGAUUCAAUGCGGGGACACGAGGUUCUGGGGCCGAAUUCAAAAAGCAUUUCGUUCGGGAGUGUUGCUUGCCAUUUGCCGGUCACCUUCGCUAACAGUGCGGCCAACAUUGCCAUUUGUUGGUAAAGGGGUAGAUACACGAAAUUUUGAGGCUAUAAAGAGACUGCUGUAGGCUUCCUCUGUAUGCAAGGAUACUCAACAUGAAGUGUAGGACAGAGCAAACGUUUAAAAUAUAUUUUAAUUCGCUUCCAAAGAGUGCCUAAAUGCUCGUUCUCACGAUCGAGACCCAUCGUCAGCGCGAUUGACACCGACGCCACUGUGUUGGAAGCGUAAUAAAAGUUUUAGUGACGUCAUACCACAUUAGAGUGACCUACAAUGAGCGGUGACCCGCAGCACCGGGCAAGCCUAGAAAGCCUCGAGUCUAGAGUACAAUCAGUUGCAUUGGACGCAGACGGAGAGUUGGAAUCAGAGCUGCCUCAGCUUGCCAUGACAACUGUCGGCAUGGUUUUGUUCGCCUGCACUGGUGCAGAAUGUGUGUGUGAGAGCAGACGAUGUAGCAGUGUGUGCAUCACAGCUUUGUGGGCCCACGUGACCAAGCCCCUAGACAGUGACGUCACGGUCCAACUCUGCGCCCAGAAACCGAAACCGAAAAUCGUUCACAUAAAUAAUGCGAUAUUAAAUUAUUUACCGAUAAUAUAUGAAUCUUCGAGCGUGUAUCAUGCUUCCUGGAGCAAUAAGAAACAUUUAAAACAAAGAACGCGCAAGCCACAAAUUUGAUGUCUCAACUCCUUUAAGAACAGUUCCUGUGUAAGAACUUUGUAAGUACGGGCCCUGAUCUGGCUUACGGUCCCGCAUCGAAGGCGAAACAUGCAGGGUUGUCAGGGAGCGCAUAAACUUGAGUUCUGGCCCGGCUUACAACCAUCGGAAGGUGCAGCUUCAUCCCGUGCACCUCCUGGAACGCAUACAUCGAUCUCAGCAUGUCCAACCGUGAUGUCCCAGUAAGACGAUCUCCGUAACGGGAACGUAGACAUUAACUUCAUAACUCCCACACAGUGUUUAUUAACUGCCCUAGUUCCUCCAGACACCUUCUUCACACGUCUUAAUCGAACGCCAGCGCUUAAAGCCGACCGCCAACACAGUUAAAGGAAUGACCGCCCCCUCCGUUUUCUCGAUUCGUCUUCCAGCAUCACUUUGCGCUGAGACGCCACUUUCUUGCCUCAACCCUAACAUAUCUCUCACUUUGUGUACACAUCACACUUGGAAGACAACAUUAAGAAGAUGGGAUAGCCUAUAUAAGGCUUCACUGCAAUAUCGUGGACAAAUGAAACCUCAACAGGGUUAUAUCAGCAAAUCGGAAGACUUUACUUGCCGUACAGCAGACACAGCAAUGAACUAGAUAUUUAUAGAUUUGAUAUGUCAUACAGCGUUCUCUGUAGUGCCGUGUAAACAUUUUAGUGCCUAGUCAUAAAAAAUUUAAAGGAAGUCUCUCGGGAAAGUGGCCCGCAUUACUUGAUAGGCAAGCAGCAAUUUCUAGCGGCCAUCGUGCUUCGCAAAGAGUGGCGUGGGCUGAUCGAGACGCGACAAUAGUAAAAGCUACCACUAACCGAACAAUGCCUUGAAAGGUCCGGCAAGUAUAUGCAGGCUUAUUUCCCAAGAGUCGGAGCGCCAAUGGGAGAAAUAAAGAGGGAAGAGCGGAGUCGCAAGAUGCCACCUUGACGUGGCUAGCCGCAUGACGUCAUGCUCUCUCCCUCCAGUUCAUUGUACACGGGAAAACGAAAUGCACCAUUAUUCGAAUCCAGUUAGUCACGCUCUUGCAAUUGCAUUGGUCUUGUUUGUGUUUCAGUUGUUCACGAUAAUGCUGUGUUUGCACGUAUAUUAUAUACACUUCUUUUGCGUACAUUUGUGCGCUCUAUUUGCCACGUUACGUGGUUCAUGUGGUUGUGCCCUUUAUUUCGGCCUUACUACACUCUCGACGCACUGUUGUGAGGAUUCAAUCAACUCGAUCGGUGUCUUGCGUAUCUAUGACUUUGGCCUUCAGCGCACAGUAGCAAACAGUGCACGGCAAUUGCAUAUAAGCGUCAAUUAACUCGAGGAAGAGCGUGUUUGUGUGUGUUUCAGAAGCGAAUGAUUCUCAUUGAUGUGCAUGCUACGAGCUUGAAACGACCUAUCUUGUAACCUUCUGUAUAAUCUCCCAACUGCUUGUUACCACAGCAAAAAUCUGGUCAGUGCCAGAUCAGUAUACGUAUAUAAAGUCGGGAGCAAAUGUCUAGAGACCACGGUUUCAGCAAAAACAUUAGAAUUCAGCCGGGCAACAUGGAAUUGUCUUGGUGCAUUGCGUUGGUCGAAAAGGCACGCAUAGGCUGUACCACUUGACUUCAGCCUAGGCUGCAACAUCUGUGGUCUGCAGACGUUUUCUUGUGACUAUACCUUAGAGCUUUAGACCGUUAGACGACACCCCCAGUGCUGGCCGCCGCCUUUACUGCAAUCAACAAAAUGGUGCCCAGAUCCGUCAAACAUCGACGCUCAUACAUGUAAAGCCUGCACUUCUUAAGAAACCCUCUGCAUCAACUUUCACCGUGAUCCACAAUAUAUUUAAAUGCCACUUUACACCGCUUUCGAAAGAGCCUCGUUAUGCCGCAUUUCAAUAGAGCUCCCAAAGUGCUGUUGGACAUAGCCGCCCUCUAUAAUAAACUCUUCUAAACCGUGAACGUGGUGUCUUAGAGCCGUUUUAGAGAAAUGUCAUAGACAAUUUAUCCGAGAAUUACGGUACAAGUUUAAUGUUGUUGCGCCACAGAUACUCAAGUUACAUUACAGUGCACUGUUUACGAGCUCAUAAACUUUUUUGCUCUAGAGAAAGGAAAUGUUUCAGGAGCGUGUACAACUUGGUAUACUUACUGCAUGUUCGCUUUCACUUGCGUUUUUUGGGGGAUAGACUUCCUCACAUCACUAAGACCCGACGCCAUACCUCCACUGAGAAACACCUGUUCGUCACUAUUGCGUCUGUUGAACGCUAUGCGCCUUCUACGUAAAGGGCUAGCAUGGACCUUUGAGUGAACAGAAAGACCCGCUUAAGGUCAGCUGCAAUGAAAUUUCACUUUGGCUAUAUUUGUAAUAAGUUAGUAUAUACACCACAAAAGCAACCUUGGCAAAGCUGCGGAGCUGCUAAUAGCAGUUUUCUUGUUAGCAGCCUUUAAACAGCACCUAAGCAGAUGACGUGUGCAACUGGUGGUUGUCGCUAUCAACGCACUAGGACGCAAAUCCCAGCUCACUGCCUCCGAGAUUUUCCAGCGCGCACCAUCUUAUCUCGGAGGACAUGCUAAGGCGCCGCGUGCUCUAUGUGAUGCAUCACUUCUAGUGAGCAGUAAUGGCCGCAUUUUUUUUUUUACUUUCAGUGUCAAAGAACGGCAAUUUUGCAAGCUUUUCGUGACACUUCCGCUCGUAUUUCAAAUGUCAAAUUUUGCACAGAAGCUCCUUUAUAUCUACACAAACUUAAACUAAGCUUUUUACACGGUCCAGAAAUUCGUUGGAGUUGACCUUUAACAGACGAGGAAUGGCAUAAGGCGCCAGCUAAUGUAGAAGUAAAGGGUAAUUGAGUAAGAGCGGCAUACUUCGCAUCGCUCGCUUCAACCGUAGUUCAUUUGCGCACAUGUUAUUUACGCUCGUGAUCUGUGGCCGAUGUUACGAUAGCUCGCACGAGUUUCUUGGAAUGCAAAAGUGGUGAGAAGAAAAAAGAAAGCAUGAUUAAUUUCUCUGAAAUCUGGGACUGCAGUUGGACUUGUGAAGUAAAGCUCUAGAUUUAACCUAUGUAUUCUGGGAUUCUGGAUAUCACAGCUGUCAAAUGCAUUAUUUCUUCACGGUUCCAUUGCUUCAAUUAAUUUGUUGCAAUACAGUGAAGUAUGUUACAAAACACUUAAGAUCGCUACAAAAUGCCAUCUUCUCUAAUCGGAUGAGCUCAGGCGAAUUGCACAGCUGUUUAACACUGAGGAAAAAAUAACAGAACAAGACUGGAAGGCGGGAAGGACAUAGCCAUGUUUUCUUAUUAGAUUUCAAAAGGACGUUGCCACUCCUUAAUUCUAAACAAUAUAAACUGUUUUCCUCUCGACAAUCAGUGCUGACACAACUACGCAAUAAUGUAUGCUAUUCUUUACAAAAAAUUCCAAACAGCAUGUUUAAGACCAACAAGGUUAGAUUAAAGAAGCACCUAAACAAGGCUCAUCUCUGCAUUGCACUAAAGUAAUGAAGCAUCCGUAUUAUGAAAAAAAGCAGGCUGAUAAGGAAAGGUAAAGAAAGUUUGUUGACUGUCGAAAGUGGUUGAAGACAAUCUGAAUGUGCUAUCAAGGACAAAAGCUCCAAGAAAGCAGACAAAGUGUCGCUCUGUUGUUGAAAAGGCCGUUGUACUAUAAGUCCUCCUAACCACUUCCAACGAUCUGCACUCCUAAAUUGAGUGCAGCCAACUUGCAGUAAUGAAAAAUUUCAUUCUCGUCAAAGAUAUCCCGAAAUUUCAGCUGGGGCACCACGUUUCAAACAAUAAAUUUUUGUGACUUUCUAGUUUUUGCAUCAAGUAAAGGUUCUGGAGCUUAACACAACAAAAAAUAUACUGACAAGCCUCGAAGCGGCAUAAAUAAUUUACUGUACUUUUUCUACAAACCAGAGCACGGAACUAGUCAGGCUGUUAAUUUAGCUUUUUUUUUUUAUCGACGGAAAUGUAGUUAUUGGCUUCAUUUCCAAGAGGGUGUAUGUCACGUCGUCAUGAGGCAGAAGGCGGUCAUGUCACAGCGGAACAUUGUGACGUUUUGGCACUCGUUCCAGCUCACUCAGUCGCCUACACGUCACGUGGCCCGGUAAAGCAGCACAACAACAUGAUUAAAUUGAAACACAUUUUACUUUGAUGAACGAGGCGAAAGGAAACCGAGGGCCUGAUUUUUAUUAGUCAUAUCAUAAGAUUUACUUAUUUUACUUUGAUGGUCAGACUGAUUCCUUAACAUACUAGAAAUACCUUUAGAAUACCUAAUAUUUAUGUCUUGAACUACAUAUUAGACAACUUGUGAUAAUUCCGUCGAAAAUCCAUACACAUCCGGAGUUUUAAUUAAUGCGAGUUGACUGUAAGUACUACACACUAUUAUCUCUUGCACAGUGCCGGCAGAUUCUUGUUGCGAGAGCAGUGUGCGCAUGGUAUGCUUGUUGCUUGUUAUGAAACUAAUGUUGCGCUUUAAUCGCUCGAGAUUCUGUUUGUGACGUCUCGUCUUUCUGAUCUGUGAUAGUGCCAAAAGAUUAUUAUAUUGUACAAAAGUUAGGGGAAAAAAUAGACGGGCUGAGCCUGUAUGUCACAUGCUCAGCCGCAACGACAACGAUCUUUGUGAGGUGUGUCUGCUUUAGUGAUGUUGUUUCUAACUACUACUAUUACGUAGAUCAGCAGUGAGCACGUGUUUCCUUCUUUUUUUCUUUUUCCCCAGCUUUCAGUGAGGUCUUGCGGACUACAUCGAUUCCAAGAUGAAUCAAAGUAUUUUUAACUCCACUGUAUGCAUUAACUGCAGUUUGUGCUCACUUCGUGAAUUGGUUCGUCUUGCACAGACACGGAAUGUAUAUGUAGACAGCAUGACGAGAUCUUGUGAAAUAAACAUGUUUUCAGACACGA